GGACUGGUUUUAAUACGUCAUGAGCCUACUAUAAAGUUUACUUGAGUGUAGUUUUGCGAGAAAGUUUUGUAUCGUGUCACCGUCAAUGUAAUGUUGAUAAAAAGCAACAACUAGCAAAGCUAUGAAGUUACAAGUUUUCAUGUUUUAAAGAGUUAUUCGUGAUGGAGGUUCAUGCUUCAUUAUCCCGUGGAAGUGUGUUCCUUGCAGGAGAAACCAUUGAGUGUUUAGUGACUUUUAGAAAUCCUUGCACAGAAUCAGACUCUUCACAACAUGAAACAAAUGGUGAUUUGGUUGAAAACUUAGCCUGGGCAAGUGCACAGAUUCACUGUCAGUGCUCAGUGGAUGAGAUUAAAGUCAAGUUCCCUGCAUCAUCAUCUGUAUCACAAGAGGAGUUGGCUACAGCUUCACAGGAAACUUCUUUUAUUCCAUCCCGAGGAGAGAAAGGACAUGUUGUAUUGUCAACAGAACCAAAAAUUCUAUUCUGUGAUCUGAAACUACGUCCAGGAGAGAGCAAAACAUACAUUUACAAAGAAAUAAUUCCAUCAAAUGCUCCUCCUUCAUACAGAGGACAGAAUGUUAAGUACGUGUAUAAAGUAACUAUUGGAACUCAGCGAGUUAAUGCUGUUAUCAAGUUGCUACGUAUACCUUUAAAAGUACUUGUGUUUCCAGGACUACCAGAUGUUCAUUUCCAAAGUGCUGGCGAAGAAGUGCAAGUGGCUCCUUCCAAUCCUUUUCUUGAAGUUGAGAAGAAAGAGUCUUAUCUUGAAUUGGUGCUGCAGGUUUUAGAAAAUAUAACAGCUCGUCGAAAACCAAGUGUUUAUAAUGUAACCAAUCAAGAUGGAAAAGUUGUGAAAUUCUGUCUUGUGAAAUCAGCUUUUCGUUUGGGAGAAGAUAUCAUUGGAACUUUGGAUUUUUCUGAAGGAACUGUUCCUUGUGUGCAGUUCCUGGUAACACUACAAAGUGAGGAAGAAGUACAGCCAGAGUGCUCAAGAGGUUCAAAAGCUCUUGUAUCAACUGUAUCUUACACAAAACAUCAUGAGUUUUGCUUACAUCUUCAACACACACACAUGUUAUUGCCAAUUCCCUUGACCAUAACUCCUUCAUUUUCUUCAGAUAUUGUUUCCUUGAAAUGGAAGUUACAUUUUGAAUUUGUUACGACAAACACAUCAUUCCCAGAGUUACUAGUUCCUUCAGAUCCUUCAGACAGUGUGACUUUACAGGGACCUGAAUCUUUGGAUGUUCAGACAAUGGUGUGGGACCUGCCAAUUAAAAUUUUCCCCACCCACCCUGUCCAAGUAGCUAAUGGGAUACAGUCCACAUCUCAUUCUAGUAUCUCCAUCACAUGAUGUCACCAUUCUGAACAUUGAUUAAAGAUGUGUUUUGUUUCUCACAUAUUACUUGAUAUCCAAGAUAAAUUGGCUUAUAGAAUAUUCAGAACUAUUUAACUUAUGAUAAAUAUUCAGUGUAAUUUUUCAGCCUGUAUGUCAUGUACAUUAAUACAAAAAUUAAAAUUAAUUAUCUCUA